GCGGCGUCCGGCGAGGAGGGCGCGCCAGGUUCUGCUCUGGUCCCGCUCCGGUCCCGCUCCGGUCCUGCUUCGGUUCCCCGGGACCGGAGACGGUGCGGCACAGAUGGAUUCCCCGGACAUCAAAGAGCUGCAGCAGGAGGUGGAGGAGCUGGGAAUCUCCAUGGAGGAGCUCCAGGAAAUCAUCGACAAAGAAGUGGAGAAUUCCGAGUGGGUGAGGCAGCGCAAGCAGCAGCUGGAGGAGCUGGAGCAGUGCAUGCGGCACAAGGAGGAGGAGGUGGCCCACGUUGACCAGCUCAUCGACGAUGCCAUGAGGGCCAUCAACAAGUGCGAGACGCUGGCCAAGGAGCUGUAUUCCAUGAUGGGCCUGCAGUACCGGGAGAGCAGCUCCGAGGACGAGGCGCCGGCAGCCGCCGAAGUGAUCGAGAUCGCGGACGAGGAGGACGACGACGUCAUGAGCGUGGACUCGGGCUGGAAGCACAUCGCAGGCAGCAGCAGUCCCAGAAUCUCCAGGGAUCAGAGUCUGCUGCGGGAAGCGAUGGCUGCCAUGAGGAAAUCUGCCCGGGACGUUGCGAAAUUCAUGGAUGCUGUGAACAAGAAAACGAACUUGCAAGAAGCACAGAAAGAUGCACAACCCCCUCAGGAACCUCCUGGCACUGCCCAGCCCGUCACUGUCCCUGCAACCCCUGGCAAUGAUCUCAACACUGAUGGGGACCUCAAAGUGGGCAUGAGGAUUUUGGGGAAAAAAAGGACCAAGACGUGGCACAAGGGGACAUUGAUUGCCAUCCAGACGGUCGGUGCUGGCAAGAAGUACAAAGUGAAAUUCGACAAUAAAGGGAAGAGUUUGCUCUCGGGCAACCACAUUGCCUACGAUUACCACCCGUCCGCCGAGAGGCACCACGUGGGCAGGAGGGUGGUGGCCAGGUACAAGGAUGGCAAUCAGAUGUGGCUCUAUGCUGGCAUCGUGGCCGAGACCCCCAACGUCAAGAAUAAAGACAGGUUCCUGAUCUUCUUCGACGACGGCUACGCCUCGUACGUGAAGGAGUGGGAGCUGUACCCGGUCUGCCGGCCACUGAAAAAAGCCUGGGAAGACAUUGAGGAUGUUUCCUGCCGGGAUUUCAUCGAGGAAUACAUCACUGCCUACCCCAACCGGCCCAUGGUACUGCUGAAGAGUGGGCAGCUGAUCAAAACGGAGUGGGAAGGGACCUGGUGGAAAUCCAGAGUGGAAGAAGUGGAUGGAAGUCUGGUGAAAAUCCUUUUCCUGGAAGCUCUUCCCAUGGGAACUGUGAACGUUUCCUUCUUCCCACAAGAGGACAAACGUUGUGAGUGGAUUUACCGAGGUUCCACACGCCUCGAGCCCAUGUUCAGCAUGAAAACUUCCACAGCUUCCACUCAGGAAAAGAAGCAGAGCGGUCAAACCAGGACUCGUCCCAACGUUGGUGCUGUGAGGAGCAAGGGCCCUGUGGUCCAGUACACCCAGGAUUUAGCAGGAGCUGGUCCCCAGUACAAGGCUCUGGAGCAGCCUCCGGCCGCGCGUCCCGCGUCUCCUCAGCCUGUGGAGAUGGAGUGCUCCGACACCCAGCUGGCCCAGGGCAGAAAGCAGGUGGCCAAGAAAAGCACUUCCUUCCGUCCUGGCUCCGUGGGCUCCGGACACUCGUCCCCGUCCUCCCCUGUCCUCGGGGACACCCCGGCAGCCGGGAGAGCCCUUCCAGCCCCGCAGCACCGCCUCCCCAGCAGCGUCCCAGCCUCCCAGCCCUUCCAUGGCAUGAUGGACCGCGUUCCCAACGAGCCGUCCUACCGAGCCCCUCUGGAGAAGCUCUUCUACCUGCCGCACGUGUGCAGCUACACCUGCCUGUCCCGCGUCCGCCCCUUGCGCAGCGACCAGUACCGCAGCCGCAACCCGCUGCUCAUCCCGCUGCUCUACGACUUCCGCCGCAUGACGGCGCGGCGCCGCGUCAACCGCAAGAUGGGCUUCCACGUGCUCUACAAGACGCCCUGCGGGCUCUGCCUGCGCUCCAUGCACGAGAUCGAGCGCUACCUCUUCGAGACGGACUGCGACUUCCUGUUCCUGGAGAUGUUCUGCCUGGACCCCUACGUGCUGGUGGAUCGCAAGUUCCAGCCCUACAAGCCUUACUACUACAUCGCCGACAUCACCAAGGGCAAGGAGGACGUGCCGCUGUCGUGCGUCAACGAGAUCGACAACACGCCGCCGCCGCAGGUGGCCUACAGCAAGGAGAGGAUCCCCGGGAAAGGGGUGUACAUCAACACCAGCUGGGAAUUCCUCGUGGGCUGCGACUGCAAGGACGGCUGCAGAGACAAAUCCAGGUGUGCCUGUCAGCAGCUGACCAUCCAGGCCAGCGGCUGCACCCUUGGAGGGCAAAUCAACCCCAACUCAGGCUACCAGCACAAGCGGCUGGAGGAAUGUCUCCCAACGGGCGUUUACGAGUGCAACAAGAGGUGCAAGUGCAACGUCAACAUGUGCACCAACCGCCUGGUGCAGCACGGCCUCCAGGUGCGGCUGCAGCUCUUCAAGACCCAGAACAAAGGCUGGGGCAUUCGCUGCCUCGACGACAUCGCCAAGGGCUCCUUUGUCUGCAUCUACGCAGGGAAAAUCCUCACGGACGACUUUGCUGACAAAGAAGGCCUGGAGAUGGGUGACGAGUACUUCGCCAACCUGGACCACAUCGAGAGCGUGGAGAACUUCAAGGAGGGCUACGAGAGCGACGCCAAGUGCUCCUCGGACAACAGCGGCGUGGACCUCAAGGACGACGACGACAACGAGAACACGGGCACGGAGGAGCUGGAGGAAUCCAACGAGGACAGCUCGGACGACAACUUCUGCAAGGACGAGAGCUUCAGCACCAGCUCGGUGCUGCGCAGCUACGCCACGCGCCGGCAGACGCGCGGCCAGCGCGACCACGGCCACUCGGAGACGGCCUCCAAGGACUCGGGGCUGGCGCGGCCCCCGGGCCACGAGGAGCCCGCCGCCGCGCCGCCCUGCAAGCUGCCCGUGUCCGAGGAGACCUCCAAGCACAAGGUGGCCUCGUGGCUGAGCUCCAACAGCAUGGCUGAGGGCUUCCAGGACAGCGACGGCGCCCCGUGCUUCAGGGCGGGAGGAGAAGGGGGAGAAGGCAAAGCUGUGAAAAUGGAGAUGGCCGCGGAGAGGGAGAAGGGCUGCGCUGGCGCGCUGGGAGAUCUCAACGGAGAGGCAAAGGCGGCCAAGAAGGAGGAACCUGACGAAGCAACCAAAAUGCCCGGGCUGAGCAGCCUGGGAAGGAGGUACGGCUACAACCCCUGUCCCCCCAAGCUGGAUGGGAUCCGCAGGCCCGUGGGUGGCACGGUGCUGCUGCAGAGCCGCCGCCGGUCGCUGGCCCUGCCGCCCCCCUUGGAGGAUGUGCUGACGCUGUCGAGCAGCACCGACACCGACGAGGAGCAGAGGGCAGGGCAGCCCACGGGGCAGCAGGACAGCGACGACAUCCAGACCAUUUCCUCGGGAUCCGAGGAGGAGGAAGGGGAGGACAAGAAAAAUCAGUCAUCUGGGUCAGGGCCCGUGAAGAGACAGGUGGCGGUGAAAUCCACGCGAGGCUUCGCCCUCAAGUCCACCCACGGCAUCGCCAUCAAGUCCACGCCGCUGGCGGCGGCCGACAAGGGCGAGAGCGCGGGGCCGGUGCGCCGCAGCACGCGGCAGUUCUACGACGGCGAGGAGAACUGCUACAUCAUCGACGCCAAGCUCGAGGGCAACCUGGGCCGCUACCUCAACCACAGCUGCACCCCGAAUCUCUUUGUGCAGAAUGUCUUCGUGGACACCCAUGACCUUCGCUUCCCCUGGGUCGCUUUCUUCGCCAGCAAGCGGAUCCGAGCCGGCACGGAGCUGACCUGGGAUUACAACUACGAGGUCGGCAGCGUGGAGGGCAAGGAGCUGCUGUGCUGCUGCGGGGCCAUCGACUGCCGGGGCCGGCUGCUCUGAGCCGCCCCUGCUCCCUGCAGAUCCCGCUCCUCCAGAGGCCUGGUGCUCGCUUUCCCCUCAGUGAGGGUGAAGUUUCUCCUCAAGAGGAAGUUUUUUCUCAGUUCUCCCAUUCACCUGGAAAAUCACAGAUGGACACAGAUGGAGCAGGAACGGACUCGGGUUGUUCUCAGCGCCCGGGAUUCUCUCAGCCUUCCAGAAGCUCCAGUUUUCCCACGAGGAAGGAGUUUUUUCCUGCUCUCUUCCAGCUUUCCACCAAAUUUAAGGCACAAGCCUCGUGGUUUUUUUUUCCCAGCAGCGAGCACUUCCUCGGUGUUCCCAGGAAGUGCUUCCCGGUUUGGGGACUUGGGUCUUGGAAGAGGGGAGGGAGGAUGGUGGAAAGAAUCCGUGGAAGACUGGACCAAUCAGGAUUUAUAAGAAUUCAAGCGGAAAAAGACAAAAAGUGAGUAUCCAUCUUCACCUGUGAGCUGUUGUAAGGAAUCUUUUAGUUGCUAAAAAGCAAUAAAAGUGUGUUUUUCUAUUAAAAAAAACAACCAACCUACCCUGAGCUGGAGACACGGCAAAGAGCCCUGAAAAAUCAGGGUGGAGCCGCUGCCAUCAUCCUUGUUUCUGUGGGGUUUGCAGGAAAAAUGCCAGAGGUGGAUGGGCCCAGGCAAAGGAGCUCCCACAUUUUCACCUCUCCUUGACCUUUCCUCAAAACAAAACACUCCUUAAACCCUCCAGCUGGGAAAAUGACAUAGAAACAGGUCGGGAUUUUUUCUCGAGGAAGCAGAUCCGGUGCCUGUGCCCAUCUCCAACCCUCCUGGAAUGUCAGAGAGCGCCGAGCUUGGCCUGAAAGCUGCAGGGAAGUGGCAGCUGGGACAGCCCCGAGCUGGCUCCAGCCCCGUGCAGCUGCUGGACCCGGAUCCACACGGAAAAUCACCGGGCUCUGGCAGCCACACGCGGUCCUGAGCGUGGGGCUUGAGUUUCUCUUUUUGUUUGGAGGGUGUGGGAAGGAGCAAAAGGCACCGAAAAGGUUCAAAAAAAAAAACCAAAAAACCACACCACCCUGAGACCUGGAUGAAAGAGGUGAAAGUUUUGACAAACUGCCAUCGAAUCUCACGUUAUCGACGUGGAAAAUCCCAAUCUGGGGUUUUGGUGGAGCCAAUUCCAACCAGCCCAGUAACCAACACCAGCCCGGCUCAACGCAGCCCUGCACAAGGGAGGUUUUGUUGGGUUGUUAUUUUUCCUGCUAAAUAACCUUUUUUUUUU